UUGUACACUCAAUUCAUAUUGGUUAGCCAGAUAGGUCAAGACCAUAUUAUUAUAUAAUAUGUUAAAUUUAAAAAUGCUAUUAUUGUACAAAAUCACAGACAGUACAGACACCACUCACCAAGGAUUCACCGAUACUCUGGUACUCUCACAGUACAAUUCAUCAAAAAAUAAAAUCUAUAAUCAAAAUCGUUGAGAUAAACAACGUAUGGAUUAAAGCAACAAGAAAAAAUUAUUACUCUCCAAAUUUCUGAUAUAAAGUAUGUAUAUUUUUCUUCCGGCCCAAUUUAAUGUUAAUAAAUUGGUUUAAUAGAAAGACGAAACCAUAUAAACAUAUAUAACUGCAGAUUUAUCACAUAGAGAGUUUUAAAUGUCUUCACGUUAUAAUGCAACAAAUAUACUGUCGUUACGACAACAUACUAAUUUAGGAUUUUAAUGCAAUUUAAAAUAAAUUCCUAACACUCAUAACGCGAUCUUCAGAAUAUUCGCGAAGCAAAUUUCGUCACAAACAGUAAUUUUCGAUAAUUAUAUUCGCACAGCAAUGUUUCUUAGCUUCGAAUGGUGUUAACACAUUAUUUCUGUACGCACAUUGUAAAGAAAACACCGUAAUGUCUCGCGUCUCAAACAGAAAUGAAGAGAUGUCGAAAACAUGCGAAAGCGACGUUACAACUGCGCUUGCGCCGAUCGAACGUAAAAGAGAAAUAUGAAAUGUACAUAUACGAAGAAAAAAAAUUAAUCACUUUAUUACGUAAGUAAUAACGUAUAACGUUAUACACUAUAGAUACCAACCUAUCACAUACGCACCAUAACCAUAGUUUGCAUGAUUAAAGUAAGCUGUAAGUACUUAUUCGUAAUUUUUUGCACAAAUUCAGUAUUUUAUUUAAAUAUAACUAGUAAAUUAUAGUUACAAUCAAACAUGCCAAAGUUAGAAAGUAACUCGUAGAAAGUAAUACGGCACAAACACGAUAUGACAUUUGUUCCGAGUUGGCAAAAUUGUCCGCUAAACAGUUACUAUACAAUCAAUCGAAUUUUGUUACUAUGUAUCGGUUUAUGGCCGUUUCAAAAAUCUAUUUUCAAACAUAUUAUAAUAACAAUUGUAACUAUAAUAUGUACAUUGGGCUUAGUGUUACAGCUAAUGACAUUCGUCACUACAGAGUACAAUAUGGCUCUUCUUCUACGUGUACUCACGUACGCCCUCCCAUGGCUAGCCGAUAUAUUAAAAUAUAAUGCUCUUUGCCUAAACAUAAAAGGGUUGAAAAGCCUUUUGGAACGAAUGCUUUGUGAUUGGAAUGAAUUAACCAACGUGCAAGAAAUUGAAAUAAUAAAAAAAUACGCAGAUAUUGCAAGAUUUAUUACAUUGCUAACGACAUUGUUCGUCUAUGGAAGUAUUUUUGUUUUUAUUUUGAUACAGUUGCUACCACAUAUUUUUCUGACCAUUACAUCUAGUAAAAAUGACACCAAUUUACGACAACUUCCGGUCCUUAUAGAAUGUUUUCUGGAUCAGCAGAAAUAUUAUUUUCUACAUUUACUUCUAUUUUCUUUUGUCGCAAUAUGUUGUUUUACUACUGUGAUAGCUACAGAAACACUUAUUAUGGCAUAUGCACAUCAUGCAUGUGGCUUAUUUGAAAUAGCCAGUUGUCGCAUAGAACAAGCUUUUCUCGAAAAUAAAGGUAUUGCAUCUGUAACGCAAAGAAAUUCGAUAAUAUGUCAAGGAAUAAUCAACGGAUUUGAAAUGUAUAACAGAGCAGUCGAGUUUAUCGAUAUGGUACAAAAAAGUUAUAAAUGGGCAUAUUCAUUACUAAUGCCAUUAGGGGUGCUAUCGCUGAGCGUUAAUCUUUUUAACUUUUCUCAAUUACUAAAGUCCAAAAACUAUAUCGAGCUGAUUAUUAGUUUUAUACAUAUUGUUGCCAUUCUUGGGUAUAUGUUCUUUUGCAACUAUUUAGGACAGCAAGUAAUCGAUCAUAGCAGCAAUGUUUUCCACAGAUUAUACAACGUGAAAUGGUACGUAGCUCCGUUGAAAGCGCAAAAAUUAUUGCUGCUUGUAAUGCAAAGAAGCAUACGACAUUGUACAAUCGUCAUGGACGGCUUGUUUAUUACGUCAUUCGAAGGAUUUGCUUCGCUUGGAAACACGUCAUUUUCAUACUUUGCGUUGAUUUUUUCCCUCUAUUGAUUAUUCGCAUAAAAAUCGAAAUUUAGAAAGUUGCCACGAUGGAAAUAGUUCUAGCAUACCUACACAACCAUAUAAAAAUAUAGUGAACACUUUGGUUGUGGAACGUUGCAAAUAGAAAACAAAUAAUAUUAGCAGAAUGCCAAAACUAGGGCCUACCACUGCAUCUCUUACAUAAUCUUCAAUGUGAACCAAAUCUGAAGAAUAUAUUCCGCAAUAAAUCAGUAACAACAAAACAGAUCUAAUAAUAUGUAGCAAUGUGACAAUCUGUCCAAUCCUGAACAGAUCUAUUUAACGCAAAACGCUCAGAUUAAUACCAAAUGUAGAUUAAAUCUGUCAUCAGUAGAUAUGCCGAUAGAUUAGUAUCAAACCAAAUCUGUUUCCAGAAGAAAUAACAGAUAAAUAUCAAAUUCUUGUAUUAAUAUGGAAUUAAAAAUUUUACUGUCAAAAA